UCCCGAGUUGCUCAAGCCCCGCCCGUUGUUCACCAUGCCCGCCGGAGAAGCCAAGCUCAAGACCACGCCGCUGGACCCGCGUUUCCCCAACCAGAACCAGGCGCAGCACUGCUGGACGCGCUACAACGAGUUCGUCCUGUGCCUCAAGAACAACGACGGCGACGAGGACGCUUGCAAGAAGUACCACCAGUACGCCGCUUCGCUCUGCCCCAGCUCCUGGACGGAGCGCUGGGACGAGCAGCGUGAGGAGGGCACGUUCCAGGGCGUGCAGUACUUCAAGGAGGAGUAAGCUUGCUCUAGUCUGCGUCUUGUGAUCCUCAUCCCCCCUCUACUGCAUCAUGCGAAGGUCGUGAGAGACUGCAGCGUCGCUGAGUACCGAUAGCUCUUUUCAGGUUAUUCGCCACACGACGCUGCAAUUGACAGCAAAUCCCCUCCAAAAUGAACGUUUGCCGUCUUGCCACUCUCGGCCCCAACACCCUACGCCGUGUGCAUCAUUAACCUGCAAAUAUCAAAAACGAGAAAAAAGAGAAAACCAUUGCAACAAACCGCAGCAACUCAACUUCACACAUACACGUUUGAUCCUUCAUCCCGCCCUUGUGAGCCAAUUAUGCAACGGUGCCAAUGUCAGGUUUCUAGCACACAAACGCUAUUAUCCGGGACCGUACAGCGUAAAUGAAGAUGCCGAGCGCCUUGACCUUCGAAGUGUUGGGUCGCUACCACCGCGCGCGGGCGGCAACACUCACGCUGCCUCACGGUCCGGUCCGCACGCCCGUGUUCAUGCCCGUGGGCACUCAGGGGGCCAUCAAGGGGCUCACCACUCCUCAAAUGCAGGAGAAACCCGUGGACUGCCAGAUCUUCCUGGCCAACACCUACCACUUGGCGUUGCGUCCUGGCACGGACGUGUUGGCGCAAUUGCCCGGCAAACUGCACGAGUUCAUGCAGUGGCCGCGCAACCUGCUGACCGACUCGGGCGGCUUCCAGAUGGUGAGUCUCUCGAGACUCUGCGAGGUGUCGGAGCACGGCGUGCAGUUCGAGAGCUUCGUGGACGGAUCCACCAUGAUCCUGACGCCGGAGGCCUCCAUCGCCCACCAGAACAACAUCGGCGCGGACAUUAUCAUGGCCCUGGACGACGUGGUGUCCAGUCUCGCGGACGACGACGAGCGGUUCAAAGAGGCCUGCGAACGCACGGUGCGGUGGCUGGAUCGCUGUAUUCAAGCUCACGCCAAUCCGGACAAGCAGAACUUGUUCGGUAUCGUCCAGGGAGGACUGGAUGUAAGCGAAGGAGGAUUGAGAGACCAGUGCUUAAGUGAACUCAUUAAACGGGACUUGCCAGGUUACGCUAUCGGUGGAUUGGCAGGAGGGGAGUCCAAGGAGGCGUUCUGGAAGGUGGUAGCCAAAUGCACUGCUCAGUUGCCGGAGAACAAGCCGAGGUAUCUCAUGGGUGUCGGGUAUCCGCUGGAUCUGGUGGUGUGCUCGGCGCUGGGCGUGGAUAUGUUCGACUGCGUGUACCCGACACGCACGGCGAGAUUUGGUACGGCCAUUGUCCCGUCGGGGCUGUUGAAGCUCAAAAGCGCCAAGUGCGAGCACGAUGAGCGACCCAUCGACGACACGUGCGAGUGUUUCGUGUGCAAGAAAUACUCGCGCGCAUACCUGCGCGUGCUGCUGAAGAAGGAGGAGACGUUCGGCGAUCCGGAGGAGACCACGGGCAGUAUCGGCGCGCACCUCAUCACGUACCACAACGUUACGUACAUGCUGAAUCUCAUGCGUCGACUGCGUCAGUCUAUCAUCGACGAGAAGUUCGAGGAGUUCGUGCGCAACUUCAUGCUGCAGCAGUUCCCGAACCGGGACUACCCUCAAUGGGCUGUCGAUGCGCUCACCGAGGCCAAGAUUUCACUCGACGAGGGCGAUAGAUAAUUGACAGGGGCGUUCACUGUCCAGAAUCCACUACUUGUUGGUUGUCAUUUUACUGUCGUCCCCUUCGUCUUGUCAAAGGCACUUCACUGUAGAAUUUCUAACACUACGACGUCUCUCUCUCCUCGUAUCACGCAGUGGGUCAGUAAACCCACCACCUUGGAGUCUUGACGUGGGGAGGUUUGUCUUGAUGGGGGUUCUUGGCGAUGAAGACGCUUGCUACUCUACGUCAGCUCUGCACAUGCAUACAAAGAUAUGAAGGAACUCACAGGAAGGAGGCUGGCUUCCCUGCUGACCAGCCCGGCUUGGUGCCAUCGGGCCUUACUGGUGGGCCACGCGCAAUUGUUGCUGGCUGGGAUCUCGGAAUUCUGUGCAAUAUUCUCUCGUACUGCUGAUCUUCGAGGAAGCGCGCUGAUGUGGCACCUAAAAUCGCUGGUUCGGAUGGUGAGGCAUACCUCCCAUAGGUGACAACUGCAGUUGUUGCUGGCCUUGCGGUUGCUGUUGCAUGAAGCUGUAGGGGCCUGAAGACCCAGAACCUGAAGGCCCAUGCUGCGUAUUGACAUAACUCGGCUCGUUCCACGAUUCCGAAGUCAGAGUCGAGGAGGUCUGCGGGGGCAGAUUAUCGUCGAGCCCUGCACUUUCCAGCAGGACAUCGAUGUAGUCUCUGCCCCCCUCUUCGUGAUCCGACUGCUCUUCCUCCUGCUGCUGCGGUUGCUGCUGUUGCUGGUGUGACGGUAUCCGUUGUGGCAGGAAUUGUUGCGGCUGGGACAUCAUUAGCCGUUGUUGGGGCUUUUGUUCGACGCUUGACCGCGGGUGUGGAUAGCCUAUAGUGCCGAUGUUACUCUCAAAGGUCGGCAUCAUGUUCUGCGACGGAAUGGGGUCUCCAAACUUGAACGGUGAAAUCAUGGAGUGACUCUGCUGCUGGGGCGGGUAUGAUGACGCGGCAACAGAAGACGAGGAG